AUGCCAUGCAAGAGUUCUUUCUGGAAUUUCAUCAACCUAAAACACAAUCCUUAUCAAGAAGGUGUGUGGAAGAUAAGAGUGGAGCUACCUGAUGCUUAUCCUUAUAAGUCUCCUUCUAUUGAUUUUGUCAGCAAAAUUUACCAUCCUAAUGUUGAUGAAAUGUUUAGUUCAGUUCUAUGUUAUCAAACUCGACUGUUUCGGCCGUUAUCUUGGCACAGGAUGACACAACCAAGAAAACUGCACCAAGCCGUGUUGUUUUGGCAAAUAUGGGUGACUCGGCUGGAAUAA